AUGGAGAAACGCAAACCCGCGGGACUGCUGGUUCUGCCGUCUCCGAUGCGGACGCCGCUGGGCGCGCUGCCCCGGAGGGAGCCGGGCAGGACCUCCGCGCGCCAGGACGCCGAGGACAGCGCGCGGAGACAGCCGUGCCCGUCCUUGUCGCUGGGGGGAGUCGGCGAGCCCGCCUUUCUGCGCCAACGCAACGAGCGUGAGCGGCAGCGCGUGCGCUGCGUGAACGAGGGCUACGCGCGCCUCCGCCAGCACCUGCCGCGCGAUCUGGCCGGCCAGCGGCUCAGCAAGGUGGAGACGCUGCGCGCCGCCAUCGGCUACAUCAAGCACCUGCAGGAGCUGCUGGAGCGCCACAGGCCGGACUGCAACAGUGACGGCGAGUCCAAAGCAUCCUCCGGAGCUUCGCCCUGCAGCGAGCCAGAGGAGCGCGGCUAGCAGCGCCCUCGCCCACCAGGUUUUUAUGGAACUGGGUUCUUCUCUGGUCCCAAAUCUUAAGAAAAAAAAAUUAAGUGCUUCUGUAGUGGGGACGGGGGUAUCUUAAUGUUUGGAGGGUGUUUUCCUCCUCCACCUUCAUUGGCUCAUUCCUUCCCUUUGGGAAAUUUACUGGAAAUCAACAGCACCGCACUAUGGGUGAAGGUGGCAGUGCUGCCUGCCACUCCAUAACACAUUUGUGGCGCAUCGGCUAGACCUGAACAUAGGCUUGCCGACUGUGAAUGGCCGUGCUAAAAAAGACAUUCUUGCUUGAUACAUACUGCUUUGUCGGCAAGAGGUCGUUUGGAAACUUUAGCAGGUAAUAAAGUCUCGAAGUUAAUGAUCUUUUUGGUGAUCUUGACGGCCAUCUUCCCUCCAAUUCCUGCCCACUAUUUCUUCUGCUUUUUUCUUUGCAUGUUCCCCUGUACCGUUUUCACCCUUUCUAACUUGUCUGGAAAAGUGACACUCACUUGAAAUAUAAAAAGCAAAUAUGCUUUGUUUCGAUGUUUGAGCUGAAUGGAGAGGGAUGUGGAUAAUGGAUAUGAACUGAACCUGCUACAUGUCCAAGCCAUUUGUCUUUGAAGGUUUUCAGGCAUACUGAGUAUUUCACUAUGAUCAUUCCCUCUGCCUCAUCAAACAGUUAUGAAUUAGAGAAAUUGCUAGAUGCUUGUUGACAUCUGAAGGCAAACUGCUUUCCAAAGUUUCUGCCCCCAUUGCCCUUCUGUGGUGCUGGGAAUUGAACCUAGGGCUUCAUACGUGCUAGGCAAGUGCCCUCUUGCUGGUCCACAACCCAUCCUCCUACAUUCCGUCUAAUACCAUACUGUGAAUUACCCUUUCUUUGGAGAUAACUUGGGCUGGGAAGGGUAGAGGUGAGGUGAACCAACCUUGGUGAGCACUGUCCAGGCACCAUCUCCUGCAAUCCUUUACUGCCCGACUCAUCUAAAAACAAAACAAACAAAAAAAACUGUAUAAAAAAACCAAAACCUUUUUUAUUUUAGGAAGUGGAGGGCUGGAGAGAUGGUUCAGUGGUUAAGAGUGCUUACUACUCUUGUAAAGGACCUGAGUUUGUUUCCCAGCACCCCCAUGGUAGCUCACAACCACCAAUAACUCCGGUUCCAUUUGACUGGUAGACUUUGACCUCAUGGUGACGGCUCUUGAAUUUUCUUUUGAAGUUUUUCUAUAUUUCCUUACUAUAUUGCUCUAUUGUCUUUUGUAAACCAGCUUUGCAACUGCUCAUGAUUUUACUCUUUAAAAUGGCCCUGAAAAAUACUCAGGGUUGUUCUA